GCUGCGAGCGGGCGUCCCGGCGCCUUGUAUGGAGCUCAGUCACAUUUGGAUACGGCUAGGCUAUACCGAGGAAUACGUACGUGUGUAUAGCUGCUGCAAACGGUCACUAUGGAUACGGACAAGGAUUCAUCGACCCCGGACAAGGUGUCACUGUCAGACAUGGAGCUGCGGCAACGAGCAGCUGCUGACUCCACAGAGACGUCUGAACCUAAGGUCCAAAUUGACACAUCCAAGAUGACCUUGAAGAGGGAGAUAGGUCUGUUCAGUGGGAUAGCCUUUGUGGUCGGAUCAAUUAUUGGUUCUGGUAUCUUCAUCACCCCCCAAGGAGUCUUGAGGAACACAGGGUCGGUGGGUCUGUGCAUGGUGGUGUGGUCUAGCGGAGCUCUCCUCUCUCUCCUCGGUUCACUGACCUUUACGGAGUUGACAUCUGUCACGCGGACGUCCGGCGGGGAGUACGCCGUGCUGCUGAAAACAUUCGGCCCUAUCCCUGCCUUCAUGUUCGUGUGGUCCAUCGAAAUCGCCAGGAACCCAGCCUCCCGAGCUGUGCAGACUCUGACAUUUGCCGAGUAUCUGUCCUCCUUCCUGGAGCUGUGUGGGUCACCUGUCCUUCCCAAGAGGCUCGUAGCGAUCUGUGUACUUUUUGUCCUUUCGUUCACCACGUCCUACAGCGUGAAGCUGUCGGCCAGGAUACAGGUCUUCUUUACCAUAGCCAAGCUGGGAGCUCUUGUUGUGAUCAUCAUCGGAGGGCUGGUCUCCAUUGGACAAGGGACGUUGUCUGAUCUACCAACAGGGUUUGACGGUUCUGUGACCUCGGUUUCCAACAUCGCUCUGGCGUACUACUCGGUCAUGUUUGCAUAUGGAGGAUGGAACAAUGUCAACUUCUUGAUAGAGGAGGUGAAGAACCCACAGAGAAACGGACCUCUGUCGAGUAUAAUCGGCGUGGCGGUAGUCGGCGUUGUCUACAUCCUCACCAACGUCUCCUACCUUGCUGUCAUGACCCGUGAGGAGCUGUAUCAAUCAUCGGCUGUCGCACAGACAUGGGGAGACAGGGUCCUUGGUUCCUACUCGUGGAUUAUCCCAAUCGCCGUCAUGAUGUCAGUGUACGGCAGCUCUAAUGGUGGAAUAGGCACAGCUUCCAGAAUACAGUUCGCAGCAGCCCGAGAUGGGAACUGGUGGGAGUUUCUGUCUUUCGUCAACGUGAAGAGGUUAACACCCAUGCCAGCAAUCAUUUGUCACGUGCUGAUCGCUGCCUUCAUGGUUCUGCAGGGCUCCAUCACCAGCCUCAUCACCUUCCUAAGUUUCACCAGCUGGGUCUUCUACUGUGUUUGCGGUCUCUGCUGUAUUGUACUGAGGUUUAAAGUGAAGGACGACCCGAAACGAGUAAAGGUUCCUAUCAUCAUCCCCACAAUCUUCAUGCUGUGGUGUCUGUUCCUGGUUGUUGCCCCUAUUGUAGAGAAUCCACGUGUUGAGCUGCUGUAUGCAGCCAUAUUCGUCGUUGGUGGCCUCGUCAUCUAUUUCCCACUCAUCUACUUCGACUUAAAACCAAAAUGGUUUGAAAAGAUAGAGAUGUAUCUUCAGCUGCUGCUGGAGGUUGCGCCAAGCACAUAUGUGGACACUUCCUGAGAAGAUGGGCCACAAGUUCAUUUAGCCAGAUUAGCAAUAACAUUGGGACACAAAAACUGUGUACAUGCUCAUCGUUGCUUGGGAUUCGUUGCUACCUCAACUUCUAGCAUCACACCAAACUCGGAUGGGUGUGUACAGAGAUUAUACCGCACGAGUGUCUGACACGUACCACUGAUCUUACAAGUUGUUGUUAAACGUAACUAACAAAAGAAAGCGAGUUAGAUACGUUCUGAAACACAUAUUUAUAAGAUAAAUGGUACAUGUCAGGAACGAGUGCAGUAAUGUUUCUUACACGACCUAAAAUCGCAUCAAAUCGAUGCAUAUUUUGUCUAUUCUCGUGAGCACAGUGGCACAUUAAUACAUAACACAACGGUCAUGAGUGACGUCAUCCAGCUUACUGCUCACUACUCAUGCCUGGCGUGACCCUCCACAAAAUACGUUUCAGCUUAUCUCUGGAUUACGAAGAUGAUAAUGUAACUCGAUAAGAUUCAAAGAAUGUUUAUCAAACACUCGAAAACCAAAACCUUUCGAUACAGACGUAGGUGAAUUGUUUAAAGCACGAGAAUCGUAUCAACGAAUUACAAAAAGGAACGUAGUCCUUCAUGAUAUGACCUGAGGUCAUCACCAUGGAGUAGGGACUCGGACCUGGAAUUCGAUCCCCCACAUAUGUUUGAGGUACGUUGUCUCAGUACACAGACCCGAGUAAGGCGAUCCUGGUACAUGUGUAUCAUAUUCCACUUCAAAUGCCUGUGUCUCAUUGUCUGAAUACCUUGGUGACAAAACUUCAGUCCUUUCGUUGAAGCUUGCACUCGAAAGACUUGUACAGUGAUAGACAAUCUUGUGUGACGUUUGCUGAGUUCCUUGGCCAUCUUGUCUCUGCCACCAUGACCAGUAGCAACAUCCACUCUCUUGAUGACGUCAAGGGUCUCCUGUUCUUGUUGGUGUACUGUACGCCGCCACACUGUAGUAUUUCCUAUUUCUUCCGAUGAUAAACCGAGGAGCAAAGGAACUUUACCUCUCAGCUGAUUUUAUCAUAUAUUUUAUUUUCAAUUAUAAAUUUAUUUUUUUUUAAAAAUAUCUUAAGUUAAAGUAUAUAAAUAUCAUACCGAGAAUAUAAACUUUAUUGGCACUUAGUCAGCACUCAAUGAAUACUUCCACAUCGUUUUAUUUAUUUAUUAUAAUUUGAUUUAAAACUUUUGAGUGCGUGAGUGAGUGAGUGAGUGAGUGAGUGAGUAUGGCUUACGGCGCUUUUUAGCAAUAUUCCAGCAAUAUCACGGCGGGGGGACACCAGAAUUGGGCUUCACACAUUGUACUAAAACUUCUGAAGGGCGGUGAGACACGAGGGGCGUUCAAUAAGUUUUGCAAUUUGCAUUUGUGUUUAAAGCGUUCGAUCGCCACGCCGAAGACCCGGGUUUGAUUUCCCUUAUGGCUACAAUGUGUGAAACCAAUAACCGGUGUACUCCCCCGCCAUAUUGCUGGAAUAUUGCUACAGGCGGCGUAAAAUCCAACUCACUCACUCAUUCGCUCACUUUAACUUUAAAUAUUAUUAAACAAACCUUUCUCAUUAUACACAACUACUGAUAUGUAUCUUUGAAAAUCAAUAAAUGUUUCUUUUUUUAAAACAAUUUUACAACAUUUCAAACGUGGUAGGGGUCAUGUGGACUUCAUUGAACCAAUAGGUGAUGACAUAAGUUUUCCCAGCCGGAGAUAAACGUUUGCAAAAUGUGUCAGGAAUGAGUGAUGAUUAAAUGGACAUAAUCACAUGACACUUCUUUCAAUUUUCAAUUACACAC